UAAGUGACAGUGAUCGUCCCUUCAAAUUUGCCAGAAGGUUAAGUUGUAGCUAGCUAGAAGCAGCCAAAGAUGACCCAAGGAAAGCUCGCCUGCGUCACUGGGGGCACGGGCUUUAUGGCGUCAGUGCUCAUCAAGCAAUUGCUGGAGAAAGGCUAUGCUGUGAACACCACUGUCAGAGAUCCUGAGAAAUCGGAAAAGCUCUCGCACCUCAAGGAGAUGCAAAAUCUAGGUUCCUUGAAAGUUUUCCGUGCAGAUUUGGGGGUCGAGGGAAGCUUCGAUGAAGCAGUGGCUGGCUGUGAUUAUGUCUUCUCUGUUGCAGCUCCAGUGAAUCUGAACACUGAUGAUCCUGAGAAUGAGCUUAUCAAACCUGCUGUCCAAGGCAUUCUGAAUGUGAUGAAAUCAUGCCUGAAGGCAAAGUCAGUCAAGCGAUUUGUUCUAACAUCAUCAGCAGCUAGUGUCUCUUUUAGAAAGUCUAAAGAGAAUGGUCUUGUGCUGGAUGAGGAAUCUUGGUCAGAUAUGGAGUAUCUAACUACCGUGAAGCCCCCAACAUGGGGAUACGGAGUCUCCAAGAUGCUCGCAGAGAGGGAAGCAUCAAGAUUUGCACAAGAGAAUAAUAUCAACCUUCUCACCAUUGUACCUGCCCUUUCAAUUGGUCCUGCACCAGUUGCCAGAGCUGCAGCAAGCAUUGACAUGGCUCUGUCCUUGCUAACAGGUAAUGAAAUGAUGAUCCAUGGUUUGAAGAUCAUGCAAUCAAUCUCUGGCUUUAUCGCAAUCGGACAUAUUGAGGACGUCUGCAGGGCUCACAUAUUUGUUGCUGAGAAUGAAUCAGCUUCUGGUCGUUAUAUUUGUUGCUCAAUUAACACUACUUUGCCAGAGCUUGCAAGCUUCCUCUCAAAACGAUACCCGCGGUACAAAGUCCCCACUGAUUUUGGUGAACUACCAGAAAAGGCUGAGUUGAGCCUCUCCUCAGAGAAGUUAAUGAAAGCAGGCUUUGAGUUCAAGUACAAGCAACUUGAAGAAAUCUAUGAUGAAACUGUCAAAUAUGCCAAGGCCACAGGACUGCUGCCAUCAAAAUGAGGCUAACAUCAAGUACUAGAAUUUGAGAAUCUAGGAAGCGACCAUCUAAGUAUUCUCUGGAUUGCUUCCAAAAUAAGUCUUCUGCCUAGAACAGCAGCAUCAAGUUUAUAGUUAGUUGUUUCCUACAUUUUAUUGAGGAGCUUCAAGCUGAUUAGAGUUCUUUUAAUCUGUCAGUGAUGUUGUUAUCCUGUUCUGAAUCUAGAAUGAGUGCAUUUCGUAUAUGCACCUACCGAUAUCUGCUCUAGUGUUGUGGGUAUAUGUCACCUUGUUUUGAUAUUGAAUAACUAAAUAUUGAUCGGGUUACUCCACAAAAAAGAA